AUCAUUCCAAACAGAUUCCUGCUUUCUCUUCUCUAUUCACAGAGAGGGGAAAAUGGCUACUGUGGCACCAACAAGCUGUGCCAGUGGGGGUGGCAUAGAGGGCUGCAGCAGGGCAUCCCGUUUUGCAGUUCAUGUGAUUAAAGGGCGGUGGUUCAGCGUUUGUGCCUCGUUCCUGGUCAUGAUUGGACCUGGUUCAACUUAUCUUUUCGGAAUCUACUCCCAAGAAAUAAAGUCUGCUCUUGGUUACGAUCAAACAACGUUAAAUCUCCUAGGCUUCUUCAAAGAUAUGGGAACAAACAUUGGUGUCCCUGCUGGCCUUGUUGCUGAGGUAACACCCACAUGGUUCGUGCUUUUGCUCGGAUCUGCCUUGAAUUUAUGGGGCUACCUGAUGAUUUGGCUGGCCGUCACCGCCAGAAUUGCCAGGCCAAAAGUGUGGCACAUGUGUGUGUACAAUUUCGUUGGAUCCAAUUCUCAGAACUUUGCAAACACUGGAGCUCUUGUCACCUGUGUCAAGAACUUCCCGGAGAGUCGCGGCAUCAUGAUAGGCCUAUUGAAGGGGUUUGUGGGGCUUGGGGGAGCCAUCAUGACUCAAUUUUACUUUGCCAUCUAUGGUGAUGACUCUAAAGCACUCAUACUCAUGGUUGGAUGGUUUCCAGCUGCCUUGUGCGUGAUAUUCGUGUACACUAUUCGAACUAUGAAGGUGGUUAGGCAACCCAAUGAGGUUAAAAUGUUUUAUCAGUUCCUCUAUGUAUCCAUUGUGCUGGCUUUGUUUCUCAUGGUAAUGACUAUAGUUCAGAAACAAAUUGUUUUCCCCCGAGCGGCUUAUGCUGGAAGUGUCACGGUGGUUUGUGUUCUUCUCUUUCUCCCUUUUGUUAUUGCCAUUAGAGAGGAGUUAACCUUCUGGAACCUCGAGAGACAGCAUGACAAUUCUCCCACUGAGGUAACCGUUGAGAAACCGCAGGAAGAGGAAUCAAAACCAGUGGCAUUGCCUCCAGUUUCAUCCACACAGGAGGAGGAAAAGCCCAAUUCAUCAUCAUUUUUUGCAAAUGUUUUCAAGAAACCACCUAGAGGAGAAGAUUACACAAUCUUACAAGCACUCCUAAGCAUUGACAUGUUGACUCUAUUUCUUGCAACAAUGUGCGGACUGGGUUCAAGCUUGACGGCCAUAGACAACUUGGGUCAAAUUGGUGGGGCACUGGGCUACCCAACUCGAACCAUAAGCUCUUUUGUGUCACUAGUAAGCAUAUGGAAUUACUUCGGGAGAGUCUUCUCCGGGUUCGUAUCAGAGAUCCUAAUAGCAAAAUGGAAAGUUCCUCGGCCCCUUAUGCUCACUCUAACCCUUGUCUUGUUAUGCGUUGGCCACCUAAUGAUUGCCUUCCCUGCCCCUGGCUCGAUCUAUGUGGCAUCAGUGUUCAUAGGAUUCGCGUACGGCGCACAAUUGACACUGAUUUUCGCCAUCAUUUCCGAGCUCUUUGGUCUAAAGUACUAUGCCACGUUGUUCAAUUGUGGACAACUGGCGACCCCCAUUGGGACAUAUGUACUAAAUGUGAAGGUCACUGGAAUGUUUUACGAUCAGGAGGCUCUAAAGGAGCUCGCAAAGAAGGGUAUGACUAGAUCAUCAGUGAAGGAACUAAUUUGCAUUGGAGUUCAGUGUUACAAGAAAUCCUUUAUAAUCUUGGCUGCUGGCACCCUAUUUGGAGCCGCCGUUUCAAUGAUUUUGGUUAUCAGAACCCAAGAGUUUUACAGAGGCGACAUAUAUAAGAAGUUCAGGGAGCAAGCCGAUGCGUCCCAGACAGAGAUGGCUUUGUCACCUAGCAACAAGAGUGCGGCAAGACUAGGAAGUCUUCAGUAGCAUACGACUGUCUCUUCCAUUUGUUGACGUGAUUUUGAAAGUAGCUGUACUGUUUUCCAAAUAAAAAAGUUGUCUCAUAAAUUAAAAUUAAAAGUCU